CCCAGCCCCUCCUUGAUGCAGAACCCUAGCGGCAACAACACCGCCCCGGCCGCUGCAGCGGCGGGCAAGUCCAAGUCCUCGGCAGCGGCUUCGGGCCACGGCCAUCAGCCAUCCCCGGCCACGCCUGCGGUUGCCAAAUCCAAGUCCUCGUCGCAGGCCGCCGCGGGGGCUCACUCCUCCCCGGCCACGCCGGCGGCGAGCAAGUCCAAGUCCUCGGCACAUGCCGCGGCGUCAGGCCAGGUCUCCUCCUCCUCUCACCACCACCACAUCCCCGGCGGCGCUGAGGCAGCCGCAUCGAGCCUUAAGCGCAAGCGCGGCGUCUUCCAGAAAGACCUGCAGCACAUGAUGUAUGGGUUUGGGGAUGAUCCAAAUCCACUUCCAGAAACAGUUGCGCUUGUGGAGGACAUUGUUGUUGAAUAUGUUACUGACCUGGUCCACAAGGCUCAGAAUGUCGCUUCAAAGCGGGGGAAGCUCUUGACAGAGGAUUUUCUUUACCUUAUCCGUAAGGAUAUGCGUAAGCUGCACCGUGCUACUGAGCUACUCUCCAUGAAUGAAGAGCUCAAGCAAGCAAGGAAAGCUUUUGAUGUGAAUGAAGAAACGCUAGUGGUUACUAAUGAGUAAUACCUCCUUGAGGACCUCCAGAGAGUAUGUGCAAUAUUUCAGUCAGUUGGACACUAGUCAGUUGGACAA